AUGGAGGGAGCGUCCCUAACAUCCUGCAGGUGGCCCCCAUCCUAGUGGUGGAGCAUUCAAUGUGCUCCAGGCCUUACUGGUGGGGCAGCAUCGCUUUGAAGACCAUGGUGUGUGCUGGAGGAGAUGGAGUCAUAUCCGGCUGCCAGGGCGACUCUGGCGGGCCCCUGAGCUGCUACACUGGCGGGGCCUGGAGGGUCCACGGUGUCGUCAGCUACGGUCCAAUCCGGCUGCAAUCAAUUGAACAAACCCACCGUCUUCACCAGAGUGUCUUCCUUCCAGGACUGGAUCUACUCAAUUAUCCAAUAGGCUGAAAAAUGGAACGUCGGAAAUAAAAUGAAUUUGCAUCU